AUGGACGUCGACUUCGAUGUAGCAGAGAUGAGCAGGUGGGUGGUAGGUGACGUGGAUGACGAUGAGGUGGCAGACCAAAACGCAGCCGGUGAAGCGGAGGCCAUCUACGAAGAGUACAAGUCCCUGGCUGAGCUGGAAGAGCGGCUUCAGAAAAGCACGGACGAGGACCUCGCUAGUCGAAUCAGUGAGGCGCUGGCGCUGCGGCACACUGGGGCGUUGCAGCGGCAAGUGGAGAAAGCUCUAGCAGGAAUAUGCGUUGUCGGACGCUUCGUGGUUCAAAGCUCGACCGAAACGAGUGAGAGGGUGGCCCGAGCACAGCUGGUCGUUGAGAGGGGUCCAGCGUUGCUGCUGAACCGCUUGGUGAGAGUCUACACAUUGCAUAAUCGCAACCGUGCUCGCCAAGGAGAUGAGGUAUGGGUGGAAAUACGGCACUGUGCUCUCGACCACGCAUCAGUCAUCCUCAGAGAUGGCAGUCAGACCCCAGAGCAGAUGCUGGGCCACUUCUGCCUGUUUGGUAGCGUUCUCCGAGCUGAGCGGGCAUUAGAACAGGUGCCUGCACGCACGGACUACCUCUGCAAGCAGUCGCAGAUUCAGUGGCAGACUGGAAGACUAAUCUUCAUUCCAUUCUCUCAGGAAAUGCCGGUUCUUCAGGUCGAAGACAGCAGCCGUCAGCAUCCACUAGAGCGAGUCUAUCGGCUCAGGAUUGUCGACUGGCCCGUAAAAUCGCUGCGACCGAAAGCGGAGAUCGUGGAAUCCUUCCCGCAGCCGGGAAGCUUCCGGGAUAGUCACGAGAGAACCCUGCACUUCUUCUGCAAGGACCUGGAGCAUGCGCUGCCUGAGCAGCCUGCUGCGGCUCCAACACGCCAACCCCGCAUGCAGGAGCGGCGAGACCUUUGUGAUGUAGAAGCAUUCUCUAUAGACUCAGCCGGGACAGAUCUCAUAGACGACGCGCUGGAGUUCGACGAGCAGCAGGGGGUCGUCCGAGUGCACAUUGCAGAUGUGGCAUCCUUGGUAAAGUCCGGAAGCACAGUGGACAGAGAUGCAGCCUACAUGGGCUGUAGCAUCUACCUUCGCAAUCAUUGUGACGUGGUCCAGUAUUGUCGCUCCAUGCUGCCGCAGAACAUCACGGAGGCUGCUAGUCUCGCAGUGGGGCAAAGCCGACCAGCGUUGACCUUCGAGUUCAAGACGAGCCGAGACCGCAACGGCGACGUGACCUUUCAGCACUUCUUCCGCUCGACUAUCCGACUUCGCGAAUCAAUGAGCUUCGAGGAGGCGGCAAGGGUCCUCAAAGACGUGUCGACACCAUCAACAGGAGUACGGCAUGCUUUGCGGGCACUCUGGGAGGUUACCAAGAAGGCAAUGGCACGGCGCCUGCAGACGGAGGAGGCGUACGCAUUGAGAUGCCCUUGGCUUCAGGACACCGGCGAGGCAUCUGACGCUCGACGGCUGGUGGAGUUUUGGAUGACGCAGGUGAACGAGAGCAGUGGUCGUCUGAUUUCAGCCCGCCGCACGAGUGAGUUGCGGUGUCUCCACUGCUUUCCGUGCCCGGAUGGAAAUCACUUCUCCAGGCUCUCCAUGCUCUGCCGCGAUGCCACUUUCCGAGCACUGCAGAGAGAAGGCCAUGAAAGUUUGGUCACCAAGCUUCACGAGUCUCCGAGCAGAUGCCGCGAGACUAUUGCCGGUGUCCUGAAGCACGCGCUGCGGCUGGCUGCAUCUCAGUCUGGCGCUGCCAGCUGGAGCUCCGGCAGCGGAGGUAGUCAGCACAUCUUUGAGACCGACCAGUGCAAGGCCGCAGCUGUCUUUCGACAUCAGCUCAGUCAAUCUGUGCCUCCCGCCUGCUACUUGACAAUGGAAGGUUCGAAGCCGCCGAUGCAGUGGCCGUUCCUACAAAGUGGCGAGUACUUUCAGGUAACGUCGCCUCUUCGGCGCUGGAUCGACCUGCUUGGGCAGCACCAGCUUCUCGGCUCCUGCAAGUUGAGCUUCGACGCGCUGCGCCGUAAUGUUCAUCGCUACAAUGAGAUGCAUUCCUUUGUGAAACAGGUGUGUGCUCGAUACGCAUUUCUGACAUUCUGUACGGACCUGUUGAAGUCCGAGCGCAAGAUGAACUGUAUUGUGAGCCGGGUGGACCAGGGCUCCAUCCAGCUGGCAUGUCCGGAAAUGGUCGGUUUCUUUCGGAGUAUUCACAUUCCAAUGGGGCUCUUGGCCAGCCACGAUCUGGCUGUGCGCCCUGUAGUCGAGGAGAAGAAGGCGAUCCUCCGCAACUUAGAGGACGGGCAGAUCUUGGAGCUGUGCCCGUUUAAAACCAAGAUGGUGGCCCAGCUGGCUCUCGAUGUUUCAAGCCCAGUUGCACUUUACCGGCUGACGGCAUCUGCAGUUUUCAUGGAUAUGCCGAAUGGCCGCCAGCUGCGACAUGCGAUUCUGGCCCGGCAGCACCCGGAAGUCUUCGGCCCCUUCCCCGACUUGCGGCAAGCGAGGAAGAUGCAUUCCGAGGGUUUCCUCUGGGGCUCUGUCUGGGAACAGGUCCAGUUGUCUCGAAUGUGUGCGGCUGCAUUGAUGCCACGAUCCAGAGCAUUGCCACCUUACUACAUGACGACAUCAUGCCGCGGACUACCAAGCCAAUGGUGGAGAGGUCGUAGAGAUGGCAUCUGCGUUCAAGUGCAGGUGCCGGCUUGCUACCGUGGCCUCCAGGGCUUGCAUCGCCUGCAGGAAGGACACCUGGCGAUCAUUUGGCGCAGUGGUCAGAACCAGGAGCUGUGGACAGGCUAUGGUCGUGUAACGCACAUCGACAGCAACGAACGGAUGAAACGGAAGACGCAACUGUGUCGGCACUACGAGGCCAACGGCAGCUGCAGCCAGCCGGAUUGUUGGUUUGCUCACGGCGAGCAUGAUGUUCGCGAGGAACUCGUAAAAGCGACCAUCACCCUCAGCAAGUGCUCGGCGGACUCCAUUCCGGACUGGGCUGCCGAUACCGAAGUCCCGUUGGAUGUUUUCUUUGCGGCAAUUUACACCCGGGACUUGCGGAGCCUGAAAGGCAUCAAAGACUCCGCUAACAUUGCGAAGGAUCAUCAAAAGGACGGCCGGAAGUCCAUCAUAAAUCGGCUGCUCUUCAAGGCUGGAGGUGCCGGGGGCCAUGCUCACUGGCAGGACGACCAAGCCGAUAGCCAGAGUGUUGGCUCAACUACUAUCGAGGGCCUGGCUCCACUCAACACCUUCCAGCAGAAAGGCUUAGAUCUGGCCUUAAAGGAGCCCCUUGCCUACGUCCAAGGCCCACCUGGCACGGGAAAGAGCACCACGGCAGCUUAUCUUAUCUGCCACUUCUUGCAACGGCUGAGAAGUUACCAGAAGGGACGUCCAGAAGGACCGAUGCUGCUCGUUUGUUGCCCAUCCAACAAGGCCUGCGAUCGGCUGCUGCAGUUGCUCUCGCGCACGAACAUCGCGGACACUGUCCGGAUUGUUCGGGUCUAUGCGGCAUCCAUCGAGCGCUCAUACUGGUCGCUGCCGAAUGCACAGUUUCACAGGGACUACCAAAUCGACCCGGCCUUGUGCAAAUAUGCUCUGCACGAGCAAGUGAAGAAAGAGGAUACGGAACUCUACCAGUGCUUCCAGGACAUCGCAUCCCAGCUACAAGACGCCGGUGUCCGUAAAGACCUUCUGUCCGAACGGCUUAAGCUGCACGAGAAGCUUAAGGAGGCUCGGCAGCAGAAAGACAGGCUGUCCAAGAAGCUGCUCAAGCAGGCCCAUGUGAUCUUCUCCACUUGUGACUGUGCAUGCAACGACAAGCUCUUUGAGAAGAUGACAUAUCCAGCAGUCGUCAUCGACGAAGCCGCACAGGCGGUGGAGUUCGAGCUCGCCAGCUGCUGUGUUCUUGCGGAGGACCACCUGGCCCUGUUCGGCGACCACUUGCAGCUCGGUCCCGUUCUGACGGAGACAACCCUCUUUCCAGCCUUCAGGCGGAUGUUCACCAGAUCACUCUUCGAGCGUGUUGUCUCGAAACGGCGGGACCAGAACACGUCCUCGGGAAUUCCACAUGUCACACUGAAAAGGCAAUAUCGUAUGCAUCCGUCGAUCAGUUGGUUUGCGAGCGAGGAGUUCUACGACAACGAGCUUGUCAAUGCCCCGGAAACUGCCCGCGACGGCUUCACUUUGCCUUCAGCGUCAGACUCUCGGCUUGUGGUCGUGGACGUGACAGGGCCUCACGGCCGCCGUACGGUGGCUCCAGAGGGUGAUGCGGUGCUCGACUACGAGCACUCCUUGUGCAACCCUGCAGAGGCUGCUGUCGUUGUGGACUACGUUCGCUGGCUGCUGAAUUUGGGCGUAGAGAGUGCCAGCAUCGCCGUCAUUACGCCCUACCGGGCACAAGCAGCUCUGAUCACAGAGCAGCUGGCCGAAGUCUCGCCCAUGCCCACGAUUGGAACAGUGCACCUGCUUCAGGGCGAGGAACGUGAGUACGUCGCCCUGUCGCUUGUCCGGAGCUUUGCAGAGGCAGACACGGAGGUGUUCGACCCCGUGCCUGCGUCACUGCGCCGAGCAGCCGGGCACCAGCUGGGCUUCUUGAAAGACCGGCGACUUGCAAACGUGGCACUGACCCGGGCGCAACUGGGGCUCCUAGUCGUCGGCAACAUGCAGGUGCUGUCUGGGGCGUCGCAUUGGAAGAACCUGGUCCAGCAUGUGAAAGUGGAGCAUGUGAAUGCGUACUGGACGGAGGCGGAUGCCCGACACUUCUUGAAGACCAGCAACUUCAGCGAACCAAGUCGUGGUGCAGGGUGUUGGGAACAGGAUCCUGGCAUCAGCGGCUCGGAGUCCGAAGGCGGCGAUCAGGAUUCUUCGGGAGGUGACGAGGAGCAGGACCCUGACGACGAGCCUGAUGCCUUCGAAGAUCCGGUACUUUCUGCCAGCGAAGAAGAGAGUGCUCCACCGGUUGCUCCGCGAGUGGGGGCGAGGAGACAAAGGCGCAAAGGGAAGAACAAAAAGAAGAUUAAACAGGCAGCUCCGCAACUACAAAGUGACAAUGGGAAGGAAGACAAGGUGCUGGAAGAGGCGGCGGCCGCAGCGGCCUCCGGUGCCUCCUCCUGCGCGUCCCCCUCGAUGGCUACACCGGCGGCCACCAGUGAGGCCUCGGAGUGUGUGGUCCGAAGCUGUCGGAGGAGGCCGCACAGGCCGCACAGGCAUUCGCCCUUUGCAUCCCAGCACGGCCUGUGUGCUGAGCAUUGGGCUGAGAUGUUGAAGGAGAGGGACAUCUUGCAGCGAGAAUUCAACGGAGGCACAUUGCUGGACAGAUUUGUCUCGCCACAUUAUUGGGCACCGCCACCUCCAAUCCUGCUGAAGGAGAAGCAUCACAGCAGGCCCUUCUUUGCGGGGCUAUUAUGCUUCCUCGACGACGAUCGCCCGAAGAACAGACUCUUCGCAUCAUAUUUUCUGGUCUUGAGCGUCUUCGCCUUGGAGCAGCAGAAAAGCACAGCGGCGCAGAUUCCGACGAGGUUAGCAUCCUGGAAAGAGGAAUUCCCCAUGGUGGGCCCUCUUUUUGCAGUUUUGGCUCUCGCCGACUGCGCCACCUUGGGCGAUCUUCCAGAAGAGCUGCAGGCUCGCUGGCGCUGCGUUGAAGACUCGUGGCAGAAGUCCCAACGCAACUCGAUCUCCCCUGGCACUGACGUGGGUCAAGAUGACAUCAAUGCGGAGCAUGCCGAGGAUGUAUUGGCUGUCGCAGCAUUUUGGAAGCACGAAGGCAACGAGUGUCUCAAGAAGGCGGACUUGGAUGGGGCCAGAGAAUGCUACAGUGAGGGCAACAAGCUGAUCAAGGAGUUGCCUCCAGCCUUUGUGGCAGACGACAGGGUUUCGAAGGCUAUGGAGCUCGAGGCAGAUCUCCUGAACAACUUCGCGCACGCACUACUAAAGAUGGGUCGACCGCAGGAGGCCUUCUCGUCGGCAACCGAAGCUUUGGAGAUCUACGAAGAGUUAGGGUCAGGUGUCACUGCCAAGCGCGUGAAGGCCCUUUAUCGCUGUGGAACAGCCUGCAUUGUCCAGGGAGACUGUGGAAAGGCACGCGACUAUUUCACUUGGGCUCUUCGCCUGGAUCCGGCCAACGACGAGGUGCACAAUGCCAUGCGUUUGCUUGGACCUCCGGUUCGAGCGGAGAUGGACUGA